GAUUUUGUUUAAAUGAACUUAGGUUGAAGUGCAAUGGCGAGUUUCGCCAUUAGAAUUAGAAUUUUCAUUUGUUCAGUACACGCCUAAGCAACCGCACGAAAUGGAAUCUGUUGCUGCACACAAAGAUGAGGUUACUCCCGUUGAGUCCAAAAUUGAUGACUUGAAAAGAAAGUCCGUGGAUGCGAAGGACAUAGAGGAUCAUGAUUCUAAGAAUGGCAAUGACGAACCAGUUGUCAAGAAAAUCAGAAAAGAUGGGAAUGAAGCAGGAGAUAACGCUAGUGAUGAGAAAGUUGCUUCACCAACUUCAGAAAAACAAGCAGAUGGUGAGUCGGAUGAAGAUGGCACAGAGGACGACGCGUCACAAGACACUAAAGAAACAAACGGGACAAGCGAACAUCUAAACGGAAGUAAUGGGGAACAUGUCUGUGAACAUCAGGAUGAAAAAUCAAAUGAUGGGACUGAGGCUGAUCCGGAUAAGGGCGAUGACACUCCGGCCGACAAAGAAUCAAACGGAGAGGCCAGCGAUUAACUUUGGCAUUUCUGCGCACUCCAGGCAUUUAUGUCUUUUGAUAACGUUUUUACCGAUUUUUAUUCUAACCCGGCAGCUUUUGCACAAGUUUAUUAUUCUCCCAUAUUAUACAUUAAUAGAUGUUUGGACUCAUUUUCAUUGAAGCAAGGUUCUUUCAAAUUGAGAUUAUUGUUGUUUUUUGGUUUGUACUGUGAAGUGUUCCACAUAUUCAAAAUACAUUGAUAUUCCAAUUUCGUUA